GAAAACGAAAAGUCAUUCGGCACGGUAAAUAGAAACUAUUUGUCACUGCUUAGUUGGUAGAGAUUGCUUGGUUUCACUAAGAAAUAUUUUUACAAAUUCUAUAAGGAAAUUUGGUUUUCGUUUCAAACAACGUUGGCACAUUUAUAAUUAAAAAUGGCUCUAGCUGAUAUUUGUGGUUUCAAUGACUACAUGAAGUCAAAUGGCACUACAAUGAGUGCAUUGCACGAAGACAUGAUGCUAAAUCAAUGUUCUAACAUGGAAAACAACUAUCAACUCUCGAUGCCACCAUUUGAGAAUCCGAUGGAUAAUUUGAACAAAUUGCAAGAAAUGGGUGCUGAAGACGGUGUUCAAAUUCAAUUCGAUCACGGUACAACAACACUUGGUUUUUGCUUCCAAGGCGGUGUCAUUUUGGCUGUCGAUUCUCGUGCGACUGGCGGUCAAUUCAUCGGUUCACAAUCGAUGAAAAAAGUUGUUGAAAUCAACAAUUAUUUGCUCGGUACAUUGGCUGGUGGUGCUGCUGAUUGUGUGUACUGGGAUCGUGUUUUGGCCAAGGAAUGUCGAUUAUAUGAAUUGCGCAAUAAGGAGCGCAUUUCAGUUGCUGCGGCCAGCAAAAUUAUUGCAAACAUUUCACACGAAUACAAAGGAAUGGGUCUCAGUAUGGGAAUGAUGUUGGCUGGAUAUGAUAAACGUGGUCCACAACUGUAUUAUGUCGACUCUGAUGCAGCACGUAUCACUGGAAAACUAUUCUCCGUUGGAUCUGGAUCAGUUUACGCUUACGGUGUUUUAGAUUCGGGAUAUAAAUGGGAUUUGACCGAUGAAGAAGCACAAGAACUCGGUCGACGAUCAAUCUAUCAUGCAACACAUCGUGAUGCAUACUCUGGGGGUAUUGUCCGUGUAUAUCACAUAAAACCAACCGGAUGGGUAAACAUUUCGAAUGAGGACUGUAUGGAUUUGCAUUACAAAUAUCAAGCGGAAAAAGCAGCAGCUUUAGCUUAAAACAUUUACACCAAGUUUUCAUUAUAUUUGCAAAAGUGAAAUAAAAACUACUACGAUUUAUUAAUAAAGUGAAAAAAAAAUUCGCCAUCAUUUUAUUCA